UUGUCCCUGGUCAUGGCAAGGGGUGGAAGAGGAUGGGCUUUAAUGUCUGGUCCCUUCCAACCCAACCCAUUCUGGGGUUCUGUGCCAUGUACUCUGGAAUGACACUACUGGAGCAGGAAGACUGAAUCAGACGAACCCCUGUGUUCCUUUCCAGCCUGUCCCACUCCGGGACUCGUUGAAAUGCGGGAUAAAUUCCAGGAAAGGCCUUUUCGGGGUCCUUUCCCGACAUUUCCCGCGGCACGGCCUCACCUGACCGCCCUCCCCCGUGACCGCCGCCUGCAGUCCUCCUUCGGGUCGGACCGCGCGGCACCGCUUCCGCUUCCGGCGCCGGCCGGCCCGUCAUGGCGGCGCCCGGCGAGGCGCGGGAACGGCGGCCUUUCGGGAGGCGGCUCCUCACCGACCCCGCCCGGCUUUUCCAGCACAAUGCCUGAGGAAUAUGAGGUGAAUGCUAAGAAAUACUGGGAUGACUUCUAUAAAAUCCACGAAAAUGGCUUCUUCAAGGACAGGCACUGGCUGUUCACUGAAUUUCCUGAGCUGGCAUCUAACAGGAACUCAAGCCAAAAUGAAGAUUCUAUACAUGGAUUUAGCAACACAGAAGAAUCCAACAAUAAAGGGCUGGGAAACUGUGAUAAUGGCCAUUGCUCAUUGGAAACCAGGACAGAGAGUCAGUUAAACCUGAUAAAAAGCCCACCUGCAGGCCACAAAGAGGAGCUGGCUGCACGGAAAGACAGUGAGCUGAGUCAGAGUGAUGGGGAUUACCCAGGAUCAGCUGCAUCUUACCGUAUAUUAGAGGUUGGCUGUGGGGCUGGGAAUACAGUCUUCCCAAUUUUACAAACCAACAAUGACCCAGGCCUGUUUGUUUAUUGCUGUGAUUUUUCUACAACAGCUGUGGAUCUUGUCCAGAACAAUGCAGAAUAUGAUACUUCUCGGUGCUUUGCAUUUGUCCAUGACCUGUGCAAUGACCAAAGUCCUUUCCCAAUGCCAGAGGAGAGUCUUGACAUUGUUAUUCUUAUCUUUGUCCUCUCAGCAAUUCUCCCAGAGAAGAUGCAGUGCAUUGUGACCAGACUGAGUCGCCUUCUGAAACCAGGGGGAAUGAUCUUGUUACGAGAUUACGGUCGUUAUGAUCUCGCCCAACUCCGAUUUAAGAAAGGUCAAUGUCUGUCUGAUAACUUCUAUGUGAGAGGUGAUGGCACCAGAGUCUACUUCUUCACACAAGAUGAAUUAGAUCAUCUGUUCACCACAGCUGGGCUAGAGAAAAUCCAGAAUCUGGUUGAUCGGCGAUUGCAAGUGAACCGUGGGAAACAGAUGACAAUGUAUCGGGUGUGGAUCCAGUGCAAGUACUUCAAACCCACUGCCUUUCAGCCAUGAGGUGUGUGGACUUUGGGCUGGAGCCUCUUCAUCUCCUGGUUACCUGCAUGUCAUGCAAUUCUGCACAACCAGGACCUCAGUGCCUUGUUCCAUGCCUGGUAUCACUUCAAGUGAGUUUUGCUAAGGAGAAAUGCCCUGAGAGUAGAACAAGCAGUAUUUUAGAUGUCACAGAGUAACAGAAUAUACUGAGUUGGGAAGGAUGCACGAAGAUCAAGUCCGGCUCCUGGCUCUGCACAGGACAUCCCAACAAUCCCACCCUGUGCCUGAGAGCGUUGUCCAAACCUCCUUGAGUUCUGGAGGCCUUGGGGCUGUGACUAUUCCUUAAAGAACCUGUUCAGUGCCCAACCACCCGUUGUGGGAAGAACCUUUUCCUGAUACCCAGCCUAACCCUCCCUGGACACACCUCCAGCCAUUUCCUCGAGUCCUAUCCCUGGUCAGAAGUGUGAAGAGAUUGGUUGCUGCCCCUCUGCUGUCCCUCAGAAGGAUGUUGAAGAUCUCAGUGAGGUCUGACCUCAGUCUUCUCCAGCUGAACAGACCAAAUGCCCUCAGCCGCUCCUCAUACAGCUUCCCCUCAAGGCCCUUCACCAUUUUCAUGGCCCUUCUCUAGUGGCCAUAUAUCUUUUUUAUAUUGUGGUGUCCUAAACUGCCCCCAGCACUUGAGGGAGGUGAGGCUGCCCUAAAGCAGUGCAGGACAGUCCCCUGCCUGACCAGGAAUGCUUUACCUAAUGCCCCCGGGACACAAAUGUCUCUCCUGGCUGCCAGGGCACUGCUGACUCAUAUUCGACUUGGAUGGACCAGGACUCCCAAGUCCCUUCCUGCAGCUGCUCUCCAGCCUCAUUCCCCAGACCAUCCACACAUCCAGGGUUGCCCCUUCCAAUAUGCAGAAUCCAGCACUCUCCCUUUUCGAACUUCCCACAGCUGGUGUUUGCCCAUUUCUCUGAUUUGUCAAGGUCUCUCUGCAGGCCCUCUCUGCCCCUGAGAGACUCGACAGCUCCUCCCUGUUUAGUGCAGACAGCAAACUUACUUGGUAUUUCUUCAAGUCCUGCGUUCAAGUCAUUAAUGUGGAUGUUGAAGAGCACAGGCUUGAGAAGGGAGCCCUGUAAAUGUCAUGCUACUGGUCUGAGUUUUAAAAAUUAUUUAUGGUUUUAAUCUAAUAGAUGGUCAUGGUAUCUUAGAGCAGCUGAGCAAGUUGAGUAGCGACUUGUUCAUACUCUGGAUUUCCAUAUGAAACAGGAGAGCUCUGACUUUAUCUCUGUUUUGUAUACUCUUGUCUUGGGAACAAACAUAGGAAGGAUAAAUCUGCUCUUCUCUGCAACUGCUCACUGAUAUGAAUCCCUUGGCCAGCUUGUCUCGUGCAGCUAUUUCCUAGUCAUUCAAGUGUGUGCCAAUCCAUGAGUUAAAAUACAUUGAUCAGACGGCAGGAACGGAGAUUAUGUGAGUCUUUCUGUACCAGCUUUCCCUGGAUGUCUCAAGGUGUGGAGAUAAAACCUGUGGAGAAAGCAAAUGCUGCUUCUCUGCCCUCACUGUCCACAGGGAUGUCCUCCCAGGGAACCAGUACACAAUAGCUCAAGUGCUGUAAAUUCCUCUGAGGCAGGGUUCAGGUUUUCAGAAGUUUGUUUCUGAUGCUGGUUUUGGGGCACCUUCAGAGUGCAGCAGAUCAAAAUCAGCUUACAGGACCAGGGUUUAUAAAUUAUUACCUGCUUUUUCUACUGGCUGCAGCUCCCAGGUCACAAACUGCCCUGUCAUGGUGAUGUGCAAAACCCAAGCAGAUGAGACACCUUCUUUGAUCUGAAAUCUGCGGGAUGUUUAAUUUUUGCACUCUUGUUUAAUUUCUUAGAGGAAGCCAACACUGUGGCUUUUGAAGGAUAUUUCCCUGUUUUUGUCAACAAAUACCUUUUGUCUCA